AUGUCUCAGUUCAGCAAAGAAGAGCUUUCAUUUGUUAAAGAAGUACCUGAACAGAUUGAGAUAGAGUGUCCAGUUUGUCUUGAUAUCUUGACAGAUCCUCAUCUGGUGACUUGCUGUGGACAUAAUUUCUGUGGGUCUUGUAUUGAGAGAGUAAAAGCUGGUGAUGGACCUUGUCCUAUGUGUAAAGAGAAGAAAUACCAAUCAUUUAUCGAUAAAAAGUGCUCACAGAAGAGAGAAGGAGAAUGUGAAUAUGAAGAAGUGAAGUGUCGAUAUGAGAAAUGUCAAGAGAGAAAGCAACGUAAGCACAUUAAACUUCAUGAGGAUCAUAGAUGUCCUCAACGUAUAGUUGAAUGCAAAUAUUGUGGAGGUAAAGGCACGUUCCUCUUUAUUACAAAGGAUCAUUAUGAGGAAUGCAGGCAGUAUCCUGUUACUUGUCCCAAUAAAUGUUUAUCUACUAAUAUGCCACGAUAUAAGCUCAAGUAUCACAUCAGCAAGUGUCCAUUAGAGCAAGUAGAUUGUGUGUUUAGUUGGGCUGGUUGUAAUGAUAAGCCAUUACGUAAAGACAUAGAUGAACACACUGCUGAUACUAAACACAUGACACUAUUAGCUGCAGCCUGUGGACAAUUGAAGAAAGAUGUUGAAAUACUAAAAUAUGAAAACGCAACUUUGAAGUAUCACAUUCACAGUGCUGUAGCUGAUAAUUCAUAUCCAUCAUUACCAAUUGAUAUUACAGCAGAAAGUGGAGUAGUUCAUUUCUAUUCUGGCCCAUGUGGACGACACAUGUCAGCUAGAAUAAUAGAAGGAGGCCUCUUUGCGGAGACCUUCAUGCUAAUAGCAUUUCAUGAAGGAAUAUUUGAUGCCAAUUUUCAACCGAAGCUUUCUAAAAUAUUUGCAAAAAAUAACAAUACAGAUGCACCAUUGAUAACAGACACAGAAGCUACUUAUAAGCAAUUGCCUAAUGAUGUCCUUGGCACCAUUACCAACUGCAAUAAUCUUCCACCUGGAUAUGGGAGGGCUAAUGAGCAGAUGAGCUUACAAUUGACAAUUUUAAAUUUUCAUUCUGUUACCAUUGGUAACACUAACUGCAAACAAGGGCGGGGCUGGUCUAGCAAAUAG